AAGAAGAACGACGAAGACGGAAGCCAAUAUAAUCCGCAGUUCAUCCACCUCGCCGCACUCACCCACGGAGAAAGCAAGGACAUGGGGCUAGUUCAGCUAGUGCCAUAUUAAAGUAGCUAGCAGCGCAGUACGUUAGUUUUCCUUUAGUUUGACCGACUAAAAGCCGUUAUCGGGUUAUCAGAGCCAGGAGCAUGGCGCUAAUACUGUUGACGAGGUCUCGCACUCCGCUGAUGAAAACAUCUCGCUCGUUAAAGAGCGAUUUCCGCAACGGGAAGCUUCAAGAUGGCUCCUGUUUCAGCUGUACAUCUCUCAGACUCUCCAGUCAAAGUAGACUGGAUGGUGAUAGGCUGGUGGUCCGAGGUGGGAGCUUGGCUCCGCCCUCCUUCCUAGGCCCCUCGUUGCAUACGGCAUCAGACAGCUACAGGGUUACAGGCCACACCACAGACCACACCCCUUCUAUGAGGCUGUACUCUGCUGUAGUGGAAGGCUCCUCCACCACCUCCUCUCUGUACCACCUGGGAGGUGGGUACCCACAGUGGACGGCAUCCUGGCGAGCGAGGGGGAACGUGGUCGGGGUACGGUGGAUCCACACCUCCAGAUGUCUCCGUGACGACUCUAAAGUAGAGAAGUCUCUCCGCUCUCUGAAGGAUAAGAACAAGAAGCUAGAGGAGGGCGGGCCGGUGUACAGUCCUACAGUAGACCAUACCAUAGUCAGGAGAACUAUAGGACAACGUGUUCUAGACGAGGUUAAGCACUACUACCACGGCUUCCGACUGCUGUGGAUCGACACUACCAUCGCUGGACGCAUGCUGUGGCAGGUCCUCAACGGGCACCCCCUGUCCCGACGGGAGAGGAGACAGUUCCUAAGAACUUGUGCCGAUGUCUUUCGACUCCUUCCCUUCCUGGUGUUCAUCAUUGUGCCAUUCAUGGAGUUCCUGCUUCCUGUGGCACUGAAGCUCUUCCCCAACAUGCUGCCCUCAACCUUUGAGACGCAGUCCAAGAAGGAGGAGAGGCUGAAGACGGAGCUGCGUGUGAAGCUGGAGAUGGCUAAGUUCCUCCAGGACACUGUAGAGGAGAUCGCUCUGAGGAACAAGGUUGCCAAAGGAAACGUCACUGAGGAGUUCUCUACCUUCUUUCAGAAGAUCCGUGACUCAGGGGAGCGUCCCAGUAAUGAGCAGAUCAUCAGGUUCUCUAAGCUGUUUGAGGAUGAGUUGACUCUGGACAACCUGACUCGUCCUCAGCUGGUUGCUCUGUGUCGUCUGUUGGAGCUACAGUCUAUAGGAACCAACAACUUCCUUCGCUUUCAACUCAUCAUGAAGCUACGAGCCAUCCGCGCUGACGACAAGUUGAUAGCUGAAGAGGGGGUGGACACUCUGAGUGUGAAUGAGCUCCAGGCAGCCUGUCGAGUCAGAGGGAUGAGAGCUCUGGGAGUCACAGAGGAGAGGCUGAGAGAACAGCUCCAGCAGUGGUUGGAGCUGCACCUGAACCAGCACAUCCCCACCUCACUCCUCCUCCUCUCCAGAGCCAUGUUCCUCCCGGAUACUCUCUCUCCUGCAGACCAGCUCAAGACCACCCUGCAGAAUCUGCCUGACAUAGUGGCUAAGGAGGCCCAGGUUAAGGUGGCUGAGAUGGAGCUGUCCCAGGUGGACAACAAGACCAAGCUGGAAGCCACGCUGCAGGAGGAGGCAGCGAUACGUCAGGAUAACAAGGACCGAGAGAUGGAGAGGCUGGCGGAUGCAGCAGAGAGGACAGAAAACUCCCUCACUAGUGUGGACAUGGCUGUACACUCAGAGACACUACGAGACACAGCGCCUGUCCUAGAGGGCAUCAAGGGAGAGGAGAUCACUAAGGAAGAGAUAGACAUGUUGAGUGAUGCAUGUACCCAGCUGAAGGAACAGAAGAAGUUACUUACUCUGGAAAAGGAGGAGCUAGAGGACCUGAAAGAUGACGUGCAGGAGUACAGCGAGGACCUAAAGGAGAUAAAGAAGGAGUUAUCUAAGACUGGCCAGGAGAAGGCCGUGCAGGAGAGUAAGGCCUCUCAGCGGCUCUCUAAGAGGGUCAACAGGAUGAUCAGUAGGAUAGGCAAGAUCAUCACAGAGCUGGAGCAGGACAAGGUGGUCCUCGACGGACAGAUGGACAGACCAUCCACUCCUCCUAUUGGCCUUCUGUUUACCUUUAGGGAGAACCUGAUCAGUAUCAACGAGCUCAUCACUGUCAUGAGGCAGAUCCAGAACAUUCCAGAGCACAAGCUGCAGAGCAUCGCUGACGCUCUCGAUGACAACAAGGACGGGAAGAUCGACAUUGAUGAUGUCAUCAAGUUGGUGGAGUUGAUUGACAAGGAGGACAUUGACAUCAACACCAGCCAGGUAGCAGAAAUCAUGGUGAUGCUGCAGAAGGAGGAGAAGCUGCAAGAGAAGGAGAAGGCCCAGAAGGAGCAGGCUGCUAAGUUAAAUAACUAGCCCACAGAAGAGGCUCUGCUUGGGGGAGGAAACCGCCUCCGAGAUGACGUAACUGGAGCUCAUCUCUGGACCCCAGACCUCCGUAUACCCUGACCAGUCGACCGGCACCAUGAGCUACCACCCACCCACUCUAAACAGUUUCUUCCAAUAGAAUUAGAGGCUUACUUUUUGUUCAGAAAUUUGUUUCAGAAAGGCUUUUGUGCCCUUAUGAACAUUAUUUCAACCUAUCCCAAAGUACCCAAAAAUUAUACUCAAACAACAUAGUCUUAGAAACAAAUGAUGUUUCUGGGACCCAAGCUAUCUAUCUAAUGGUAGUACUGGGACCCAAGCUAUCUAAUGGUAGUACUGGGACCCAAGCUAUCUAUCUAAUGGUAGUACUGGGACCCAAGCUAUCUAAUGGUAGUACUGGGACCCAAGCUAUCUAAUGGUAGUACUGGGACCCAAGCUAUCUAUCUAAUGGUAGUACUGGGACCCAAGCUAUCUAAUGGUAGUACUGGGACCCAAGCUAUCUAUCUAAUGGUAGUACUGGGACCCAAGCUAUCUAAUGGUAGUACUGGGACCCAAGCUAUCUAUCUAAUGGUAGUACUGGGACCCAAGCUAUCUAAUGGUAGUACUGGGACCCAAGCUAUCUAAUGGUAGUACUGGGACCCAAGCUAUCUAUCUAAUGGUAGUACUGGGACCCAAGCUAUCUAAUGGUAGUACUGGGACCCAAGCUAUCUAUCUAAUGGUAGUACUGGGACCCAAGCUAUCUAUCUAAUGGUAGCACUGGGACCCAAGCUAUCUAAUGGUAGCACUGGGACUCAAGCUAUCUAAUGCUAGUACUGGGACCCAAGCUAUCUAAUGCUAGUACUGGGACCCAAGCUAUCUAGUGCUAGUACUGGGACCCAAGCUAUCUAGUGCUAGUACUGGGACCCAAGCUAUCUCAUGGUAGUACUUGGUUAGAUAUGCUUUAUCUCAGCCAUGUGUGAAACUCAUUCCAGGGAGGGGCGAAUGUCUGGGUUUCCGCUCCACACUUGUACUAUUUAAUAAGGAACUCACCUCACCUGGGUGUCUAGGUCUUAAUUGAAAGGAAAAACCAAAAACCUGCAGACACUCGACCUUAGGUGGAAUGAGUUUGACACCCCUGAUCUAGGCCUUCAACAGGUACGUAAUAAGGCCGAGGCAACACUGAUAGGAGACCCUGUUAUAUCAUAUCUCACAGCUACAGUUUACAAAACAUUAAGGACACCAUCCUGAUAUGGCGUUCCACCCCCUUUAGCUCUCA